GCUGCCGUACUCAGAGAGUAGCAGCCGUUAGCUUCGCGUUACAGCUCAAGGACGUCUGCGAACAUUUCACGAUGCCUCCCAAUCCUCUGGCGCCGCUGGCCAAGAAGCUGAUGAAGGGAGUGAUCGCUCUGGAGCUGCUGGGCGUGUUAGGGGUGUACGGUCUGUUCCAUAAGAUGAACGACAGCCAAGACUUCAGGAACACCAUGAACAGGAGGUUACCGUCGAUCCUGGAGGUUUACUACCAGUCCAACGAGUGGGCCGGCGUCUACGGCCUCCGGGAGAAAGACCACGAGGCCUGGUCGGCCAAACGGGACUGAAGUGUCAGUUUUUUAAAACAAUCCACAAACGCAGCAGCUACUUCUUCCUCUUCUUGUUCCCGAACGUCUUGCCGCCGAACGUCUUGCCUCCCGUCCUGGCUCGACCGAACGUCUUCUUCUUGUUGAACAUGGUCUUCUUCUUGCGCAUCGUUUUGUCGUCGCGGUCUUGCAUCCAGUCGUCGCGAUGCGCCUCCCACUUCAACUGCUUCAGGCCUGCGGGGACAAAGGGAAGUGUUAGAGAGAACCAACGCCCUCCGGUUCAUUAGGAAGCAAACAGCUGAUAUUCUGCGUGGUGCUGACAGCGAGGACUUUACUCUGAAACUUCACUUGAAUGUUUCUGAACUGAAAACAACAGUCAGCACUUUAUCACGCAGGUACAAGCAGCGUGUUGUGAUCAUCUGAUGGACGACAGAUUCUCCAAAUGAUUUAUCAAAAGGUUGAAAGUCGACUGAUCCGUUUCUGUGGAGAAAAUGAUUAAACUUCGCUGGUAUCCAGCAAAAAGCAUCGUGUCGUCUUUUUCCUGUCAACAUGAUGCUCAGUUCUUUAUAGCGGCGAGUAUUCUGUUGAUAAACGUUCUUUCUGCAGAAAACCUUUUAGAAUCAAUGAAAUAAGAAUCGUGAGGAUGAAGACGGACGCACGGCUUCCCUAAUAAAUGUAAUUAAACUUU